AUGGCUGCCUUGACAGACUCGAACGCAGGCUUCUCCUUCGAGAACGCCCUGCGCAACCGCGUCCUCGGCCAGCGCAACCUGCACCUCCCCAAGGCCACCUCGACCGGCACCACCAUCGUCGGCGUCGUGUACGAGUCGGGCAUCGUCCUGGGCGCAGACACGCGUGCGACAGAGGGUCCCAUCGUCGCGGACAAGAACUGCGAGAAGAUUCACUACAUCUCUGAGCACAUUCGAUGCUGCGGCGCGGGUACAGCGGCCGACACUGAGUUCACCACCAACAUGAUCAGCUCCAACAUCAAGCUUCACGAGCUCUCGACCGGUCGACCACCGCUCGUAGCGACCGCAAUGACGAUGCUCAAGCAGUACCUCUUCCAAUACCAAGGGCAAGUCGGCGCGGCGCUCGUCCUCGGCGGCAUCGACCCUACCGGCCCUCACCUCUACACCGUCGCUCCUCACGGCUCCACCGACAAGCUCCCCUACGUGACGAUGGGAUCCGGCUCUCUCGCAGCGAUGGCAGUCUUCGAGACGUACUGGAAGCCCAACAUGACGCGCCAAGAGGCCAUCGACGUCGUGAGCGAGGCGAUCGAGGCGGGUAUCUGGAACGACUUGGGGUCUGGCUCGAACGUCGAUGUGUGCGUUAUCGAGGGCGAGCACGUCGAGGGCAAGUACACGGGCAAGGCGAAGACCGACUACCUGCGGAACUACCGCACCCCGAACGAGAAGGUCACGAAGGAGCGCAACUACAAGUGGAGGCGAGGGGUCACGGCGUGGACCAAGGAGGAGGUCAAGAAGCUCAUCGUCGCAGAAGAGGUUGUUCCCUUGUCAGGCGGGCUUGCGACAGGUCCCGAAGGCAGCGGCGCCGGCGCGAGCGAGAUGGAGGUGGACGCAUGA